GUAAACAACACAAGCGCCUGUAUCGUCAGCUGCUCGCACGUGUGGAGCUGGCUGUAAAAAACGAUAUUGUAGACGUUGCGGAGGUAAUUAUUCCAACAAUGUCCUCAGUUGAGUCUUUGAGAGAGUUUGUCACCGAGCGACUCACUGCCGCUGCUCAAGAAAUAUUCGGAGUCUUUGAAAAAACUAUCUUCCAGUACGAGGAAGAGGUCGACCGUCAGCGCAGACUGCUGGAUGUCGUUUGGAAACCUGCAAUAAAGCUACACAGGAUAGAGCUCCCAAAGCAACAUGUCUGUGAGGAGGAGGAGGUUCUCUCUGACCAGCAGCUCUGUGUUCAGGAGAGGAACUCCAGUCUGGACCAAGAGGACCCAGAGCCUCCACAGGUUAAAGAGGAACAGGAGGAACCCUGCACCAGUCAGGAGGGAGAGCAGCUUGAACCGAAGCAGGAGACUGAGACCUUUGUGUUGACUCCUAGUGAUGAGGAAAGUGACCACAGUAAAGAUCAGACUCUGAACAUGAGUAACGAUGAAAAUCAGAGUGUGGUGGAAGAAACACCUCUAGGCUACACUUCAGUUGAAAGCUCUGUAGUACCGGAACCAAACGAGGACCACCAGCUCCUCUCACACAACUCUCAUGCAGAUAAAAGCCAAGAUCAGAAAGGAGGCGAGCAUGGAUCCUCUGAAUCCACUAGUAAUGCAGAGCCAAAACCGUUAUUCAAGUGCGACACAUGUGCGAAAGAAUUCAAGUUUAAGUAUGGUUUUUACAGACAUCUGAGAACACACACAGGUGAGAAGCCACAUUCUUGCAACGUAUGUGGGAAACGAUUCAUUCAGAAAUCAGCAUUGAAAUUUCAUAUGGCGAUCCACACAGGUGAGAAGCCACAUUCUUGCAAAACAUGUGAAAACACUUUUCGAUGGAAUAGUCAGUUGGUGGUCCACAUGAGAACACACACAGGUGAGAACAUGAAGCCACAUUCUUGCAAAACAUGUGAAAACACUUUUCGAUGGAAUAGUCACUUGGUCGCCCACAUGAGAACACACACAGGUGAGAAGCCACAUUCUUGCAACGUAUGUGGGAAACGAUUCAGUGAAAAAUCAAAAUUGAAACUUCAUAUGAUGAUCCAUACUGGUGAGAAGCCACAUUCUUGCAACGUAUGUGGGAAACUAUUCGGUCAGAAAUCAACAUUGAAAGGUCAUAUGAAGAUUCACACAGGUGAGAAGCCACGUUCUUGCAACGUAUGUGGGAAAGGUUUCAGGACGAAAUCCGCAUUGAAAAUUCACAUGAGAACACACACAGGUGAGAAGCCACAUUCUUGCAACGUAUGUGGGAAACGAUUCAGUGAGAAAUCAAAAUUGAAACUUCAUAUGAAAUCCCACACAGGUGAGAUCUUGAAGCCACAUUCUUGCAAAACCUGUGGGAAAUGUUUUACCCGUAAUAGUACCUUAUUGCGUCACACGAGAAACGUCCACACCGUGGAGAAGCCGUUCAUCUGCAAGACCUGCGAGAAGAGAUACUUAUCGGCGUCUCAUUUGGCAAGGCAUGUAAGAUUGCAUACAGACUGGGAGACAAUUCAGUUCCUGAGUUGA